AAUGCCCGUCCGUCAGUCUAUGUAUAAAGGCAACAAGACUUGCUUCAACUGACCCAUUCCUUUACGUGACCCCAUAGUGAUACAAGUGAAGUAAAAAACACUAUAAUUUAAUUUUUAUUAAAUUGUUAUAUUUACAACAAUGAAUCCUUUGCAUUUACUUCUAUUACCAUGCUUACUAGCAGUAAGUAUAACAGGGUCAACAAAUGAAUACAGCAGUCAAGGACGAAGUGGUGGAGGUUACGGUCUACUAAGACCAUACCCGAAUUACUCAGGAGGUAAUAACGGAGGUUAUAAUGGAUACAGCGGUGGGUACGGAGGAUAUGGAAGUGGAUAUGGUGGAUACAAUUCAGGGUAUGGCGGCUCCGGGAUAGGAUACCCUGGACAAGGAUAUCCCGGUAACUAUCCAGGGGGUUACGGCGGGUACCCGGGCUAUUCCGGUGGACCUUACGGAGGUGUGUACUUAUUUCUUCUCCUUCUCAAAAGCCUAUUCAGUGACACUAGUAAUAGUAAUCGUCCUUACAACAGGCCGGGUUACGACGGAAGACCCGGUUAUAAUUACCAGUCCGGUUACCCGGGCAACAGACCCGGAUACAACCAGUAUAGACCCGGUUUCGACCGCCCGUACCAGACCAACGGAUAUUUUGACGGAGUUCGUGACGGAUAUGACAACUUUGGACUAUUAGGAAGAAAGGUGUCAGAAAUUAAGAAGGAUGACGCUUGAG